AUGUUAGAUGCCUCUGAUCAAGCAAAUGUUGUAAUGAAUAUUACAGUUAUAGGGGGAGUUGCAACUUUGAUAAAAAGAUAUACGAAUGAGACUGGAUUGUGGGCAAAUAGAGGAGGUAAAAGACCUUUAUAUAAACCAAUAUGUGGAUAUACUGGGACAGAAUGUCCACAAAAUAUAACAACAUAUAUAUUAAUUGGUGUUGGUUUGGUUUUGUUAUUGUUAGUAGCUACUUUAGGUGGAAUUGGUUAUGCUGUUCGAGAAAAAUUAAAAGAAAAGGAACGUUUAACUAGAGAAUGUUUAAUACCUUUUGGAGAAUUAAAAAAUAUAAAAGAAUUAAAAAGUAAUGAAGAUAUGAGAAGUUUAGAAGCAAAUAAAAGUUUAAAAAGUUUACAAAGUAGCCAAUCUGGCAGUACAAAAUUAACAAGUAUGGAUGAUAAAAAAUUGGAAACAGAAAAUUAUGUCCAUUUUUUAUAUAAUAGAGAAGUUGUUUUUGCUAUUAAAUAUCAAGUUAGAGUUAGAAUAUUAUCGGAUGAUUUUAUACUUCUUAGAAAGGUAAUAUUGUAAUUAAUGAUUUUUAUUUUAGAGCUUUUGAUUUUAAAAUUCCAAUUAAAAUGAGUAAACCUAGUUGACAUCAGAUAAGCUUUUCGAAUCAUAGCCAACGAUGGGGAGGGGGAGAGACGAGACCGAAGGCCCGAAGUGACCCAAAAUGGAAGAACGACCUCUAAAAGUAGAGGCGCGACGC